UCAGAUAUGCAUAUUCACAAAGCUGUAAUUUCUCGACUUCGCUAAAAUUUAAACUGAUGCUCUUUAUAUGCACUUCAUUCAAUUACGAAUAAUACAUUCUUUAUGCCCUUUCCAGUUGAAGUAAUAUGAAUCCAUAUGACUUCCACUCAAUACAAACUUAUUGAUAGCAUAUUAUUCUGUUUCUGUUUCGAUUUUGCUAUGCCUUGCAUGGUGUUCGUUUGUGUUUAUUGAGUUUGCUCGACUUCUGGGCCAUGUCCUGAUAGUGGAAAGCAAGGGCAAGCGAUAGAACGGAUAGUCCCUCUAUCAAAUUACAAUGUACUCUUUUAAGAUUGCAUUUGGUCUUUGGAUUGGUACUGAUCUGGUGAUCAUAAGCAAUUUGAGUUCAUUUGAGCUUCAAAGCAUGCCAGCUUCCUUUGUAAUCCAAUUUCGGGACUAGUACUCCAAAGGAUAAUGCAGUGGAUAUAAGUGUAUAACAAUGUUCUUUAUGGUGGUUGUCAUUAGUUUAUGGCAAUGCAACAUUGCAAUUUAUAUUGCAAGUGCUUCUAUUGUUGUCAUAGGUUCGUGUAGUUUUUACAGGCUUGUUUGUUUAGAAGUGGUGUGAGGUACAGUUUCUUACAAGUUUAUAUCUCUGUUGACACAAUUGAAAUGUGAAAUUGAUAAAAUAAAAUGCUAAUUAAUUUGCAGUGGCUAUAUUGCUUACAUGUUAUGUGGUUGCAACUAAAUGGGAGAACCCGAAAUAUGUGUUGGAAGGUGAAGGAAGCAUUUCAUUCCUUGAACUAAGUGUCACGUUUUUAUAUCUAUCCUACAAAUUUUUUUCUAAACAUACUUUUAUUUUUCUUUUAGUUGUAAGAAAGGUUUUUUUUUUUUGGUUGGCUUGAUUGCUAGCCUACACCAGAACCUCUGAUUGGAAAUAUUUUUUUAUCUUAUUUGUGUUCAUUGCAUUGAUGGUGGUUAUAGACCAGGUUACAGGAUCCCUGUCAAUUCGACUGCUUGACUUCAGAUUUGGUGCAUAUUGUUUUGAAAUUUGUUGUAGAUGUAUACACGUGUAUGUAUGCACAUGAACCAAAUUUCCCUCGCAGGCUAUACUACAUUGACCAGGUAAACCCUGUCGAUUUUAUUUGGUGGCAUAGGUAGUGUGGUUAUCCUACAAAAUAGUUAGUCCCUUUCUUCAGCUCUUUUGCUGCACAAGUAGUGUUCUACAAGAGUUUGUGUUGCACGUGCUAGAGGAGGAGAGAGAAAAUUAUUGCUCCAAUAUGGUUCAUGUACCUACCCUGAAUUUUAGGGCCUUUUCAGUUCAAUUAAUAAAGUUAAAUUAUGAUCAAAUGACUUUUGUUGGCUUGCAUUUUGAUUCACUUCCUUUGCUCAAUGAAAAGUUUGAGCAUCUUGUGGAAGAUACUUUUUUAACUCUCGGUGGAUUUUUUGCUUUUCUUUUUGUUUAAUUUACAAAUUAUGCAUAAUAGUAUCGUUUCUUAUAAAAAAAAAAAAGUUACAAAUCAUGCAUGUAUUAGGGCUGGAGUAUUGAUCCACCUUUGCUUGGACAUUAUAAAUUUUUUAUAUCAAUGAAAAGUUUGUUUCUUAUCGAAAAAAAAUGUCUUUAAAUUGUUUAUACAGUAUAAUGUUUAUAUUGUUCUAACUGGUAAAUGCAUUGAGGAUACGUUCUGUUCGAUAUUACACUGUAAUAGAUCUUUUUAUUUAUGUCAAACUAUCAUGACAAUUGUCCCUGUCUAACAGUUGAUGGAUAUUAACGAAAGCCCUGUGUAUGUUGUCCUCAAUCCAUCAAUAACUCAUGCACAGAAAGAUCUUCCGGUAACUAUCUACGAAAGUGGUAUGUAACCUUUAUUUUUUCUCUAUUAUUACUUUGCAUGUAAUACCAUUGCAAGUUAUGCGGUGCUGGUGUGAGCGGCAAGAUCAUGUUUCAUAGGCACAUUAAGUGUAGUAUUAACAAUGUUUAAUAAAUGUUCUUUUUUCAUGUAAGCUACCCCUUUGUUGGUCCAUUAGCAUCAGAAACUGAGACACCCUGUCAAGUAUGGACUGUUGCAGAAUCUGGGUCUGGAGCAAACAUCUUGAUAUAAGAAGUGCCAGCCUAAAAACUCUUCCUUAAAGAUCUUCUAUUUUGAUGGAGAAGUCAAAUAUGGCCUUCUCAGUAGACCACCUUUUUGAAGGAUGUAUUGAUGGGUUACGUAGUCUAGGCGCGAAUCGUCUGACAUGAUUGAGUCUUUUGAGCUGCACGUCAUAGAUGGGAUUCCACAGCUUAUAUUUGUCCGUUCCAGCUACACCAUUGAGACAGUAGAAGCUGAACGGAUCUCAGUUGACCAUGUUGCACAUCUUAAACCAGCAGAUGGAGGUUCUGCUGCAACUCAACUGGCUGCUCACCUUAGAGGUAUACACAGUGCCAUCAAGAUGCUGAAUAGCAGAAUUAGGGUGCUUCACCACUAUCUUCAGGCGAUGCAAAAAGGUGAUAUUCUUUGUGAGAAUUCAUUGCUAAGACAAGUAUCUAGUCUCUUGAGGAGAUUACCGGCCAUUGAAUCAGUAAAAUUUCAAGAUGAUUUUUUGAUGGAAUACAAAUGACACGUUGUUGAUGACUUACCUGGGCAUGUUCACCAACUGCUCAAGGUAUGAUGUAUAGCUUUCUCGCGGGGCAGAGCCACCUUGGGACUAGGGUGGUCCCCCCCCCCUCCGUCUUUUCCUCCUCAAUUUUGGAUCACCUUUGAUGAGAACCCAUAAUGUUACUCAAUACACUAUAUUUGCCCCUUGAAUUUUCUAUUUUUUUUUAGUAAAUUAGUGGUCCACUAACCCACUAAAAUAAAUAUUUUAUUUUUGAAUUGAG